CUUUCACUGCGGCGCGUUUAUGAAUGGACGGGGCCAGCCGGCUGCCUGGAGCUCCGAAAGCGGCGGGUGGAGAAGAGGGCGGGCGGGCGCAGUCGGCUGGCGGACUGGGGGGGACUGCCGGACAGGCAUCCCAGCACCCAAGGUGGAUUCAGAUGUUAUUAAUUUCAGUGGGAGAAAGCUAUACACAUUUUUGUCUCUGGUUACUAACUAAAAUAGCAGAAGGAAAUGAAAACGGUUUGCAUAAUCACAAAACAAAACAAAUCUCUAGAAGAGGCAACUGAAUACUUCUAAAGCAUAUGGAAUAGUCUUUUUUUAAAUUAGAACUACGUUUACAGAACUUACUACAAGAAAUUUAUCAAAGUGAAAAACCCUUUGGUCCUUUUUGAAAUACCGAACCUGCAAAUUCUUGCUUAGCGUUCUGACAGGUUAAAGAUGGCUGGACAUCGAUUUGUUGCCAACAGAACAUCACAAAAUGCUUUGUCUAAUUCUGAUUACACUUGGGAGUAUGAGUAUUAUGAAUAUGGGCCUGUUUCAUUUGAAGGCCUCAAGGCUCAUAAGUAUUCCAUUGUGAUUGGGUUUUGGGUGGGCCUUGCUGUCUUUGUCAUUUUUAUGUUCUUUGUGCUGACCUUGUUGACAAAGACAGGAGCUCCCCAUCAAGAGAAUGCAGAUCCUGCUGAGAAAAGACUCUGCAUGAACAGCUUUGUGGCUGACUUUGGGAGGCCACUGGAUUCUGACCGGAUCUUUUCACAACAAGCCGUUGAAGAAUCGAGGUUGCUGUUCCACUGCUACAUCAAUGAAGUUGAGAAUUUGGACAGGGCAAAACAGUGCUUGAAAGCUCCAGUUCUGGACAGUAACAUCCACUUUCAGGAAGUGGUCCAGAACCCUGGGAGAGUUGAAGAAGAGCUGAAUUGUCACGCAAAGUUCAACAUCCCGAACUUUGUGAACACUGACCAGAACUCUUCUCUGGGAGAAGAUGACCUGCUGAUUUCCGAGCCACCCAUCAUUUUAGAGAGUCAAGCUUUACAUCAGAUUCUGAACUGAAGACACUUGACUGAAGAGUUUCUCUAAUGUAGCCGGGGCUCCUGUGUUGUGGCGUCACACCUUUUGGGUCUAUAGUAAAACGGGUGUCUUUUCUUUUACUCCCAUCCUGUGUUUUAUUGGUUGGCCCAGGAGUACAGUGGACUCAAUCCAUGCAACGGGGAUGUUGGGUAUGCAACAUGGGAUGUUUCAUAUUGUCUUUUCAAUGUUUGCUAAGACAGUUGCAUCAUGUUCUGUCACUUUUUUUUAUAAAAAAAGAAAUGUAGGUCAGCAUUCCAGUGAGGAAAGAAUAAAAUACAUACUGGAAUGAA